AUCACCAAAUAAUGGCAUAUUGCUUUCAAAGAGUUUCACCUGCCUUGAAGGAACUUCUUCUCAAAAUACACAGAGCCGAGAGGCCGCAGCAAAUCGAUCAUCACAUACAUGAAUUCGGAUCCGUACAUUACCAUGUUCAGUGUUUGGCGUCGGAUCCGGGAUGCACUUAUUUAUCAAUAUCAACGCCGGUUGUGUCGCGCGGGCUCCCUCUCGCAUCCUCAAAAUUUUCGCGACACACUAUAGAAAUUGUCGAAGGAAUUUUCCGCGAUGUUGUCGAGAUUGUUGAGCCUCCAAACGAAGGUUAUCAAUUGACUUUGAAGCUAAACUUAGAGAGAAUUCCACAUGGUAAAGUGUCGACAAAAAUCAUCGCAAAUAUAUCAUCAGUCCAAGCUCUAAUACUCAGCUCUCAGCUGAAACAAGUCCUGAAGAACAUCGAAAUCUAUCAGGAAAUAGCUUUGUACAAACCCAUAAAACUCACCUAUCAUCCAAAGGAACCAUUCUUUCUCAUCAAACAGGCAGAAAAAAUGACUGCAAUUUUCCCCAUGCGCUUCAAGGAAGACGAAGAUGUAGUUAUUGCUACAACAUUUUUUCAAGAACUUGUGGAUGCUGGAAAUUCAAAUCGGCGGGCUCCUCGUUGCAUGUGGUCCCCUAUCCCGCCUCCGGAGCUAAGAGGAGAGCCCAUCGAAGACUUGUGCACCAAUUCCGGAUUCGUUUCAUUCGAUAUUACUUCCAAACAUGUGAGGGGGAAGAAACUCGACAAGACGGUUUGGAACCUACUAAAUUUUAAUGCAUUCGUGAAGCAUCAUGUGAAGACCACAAGAAGUUUUAUACAACGGAGGAUGAGAAUGCGCCUUCAACGUUUGGUUCAGCCUCUACAAAAUGUAAGGAUCGAAGAAGAAGCCCCGGUGAACAAGGUCCGAGGAGGCAUGAAAGGAUGCACAAAAGUCAAGAAAUGGAUAAGUGCCUCGAAACAAAAAAUCCUCAAGCGAAGAUAUGACCUCACCAAAAAAAUGAAGCGAAUUCGUUCGAGGAUCAAGAUUCAUGGCUUCAUUCGAUUUCGAAGAAAAUGGCUGCCGUUUCCCAAAUUUUCUCCUGUCACACGAUAUAUAAAGCUCGAAUAGUGAAUUCAUUUUCGUAGGAAUGUUUUCGGGCUUGAACCUUACCUUAUCUAUAAUAGAAUUUUGUGAGAAAUAAAUCUAAUAUGAACUUUCUUUUCACU